AUGGAGAAGGAUCCUUGGGCUACUGUGGUAGUAAUACCAGAAGAGGAUGAUAUGCUGGUGGGAAUCCCGAAAAGGUUGAAUGUGGCUAUCUCUGAGCUAGGUGGAGCCAUCGAUUUGAGUAGUGACGGUUAUGAGAGGCGGGGGACAAGUUUCAACAUGUUAAUUCAAACUUCUUUACUUGGUAAACGAAAAAGCUUAGAGAAGGAGAUGAAUCUACCUUCUGACUCAUCGAAAAAAUCGUCGACUCCGGAUUUGAUUGGAAGUAAUCAAAUUCAAUCCCUAAUUGCUGAUACUGAGGAAGAAAUGAAUGAAGAAAAUGGCCCCCUUAAUGAUGUUGACAGUUGCAGCAACACUGUAAGGACAAAAUCAGUUGUAUGGCAACAUUUCAAGAAAGUUAAAGUUGAUGGCAAGGAUAAAGCAGAGUGUAACUAUUGUCGUAAGCAACUUGCUGGUGGUUCCAAAAAUGGGACAAGGCACUUGCAUGCACAUAUUAAAAUUUGUCCAAGGCGAAAGUAUGGAGAUGUAUCACAGAAGAUUCCGUCGAUAACCCCGGGAGAGGAUUCAAGUUCAAAGUCACAAAUGACCUUAACUUUGCAUCAGCUUGAUCAAGAGUCGGUGAGGAAGGACCUAGCAAUGAUGAUUGUUCUGGAUGAAAUCCUUUGA